AUGGCCAAUAAAUAUGAGGGAGUUGCUAUAGGAAUUGACCUUGGCACCACCUACUCAUGUGUUGGAGUGUGGCAAGAACUAAAAGAUCGUGUUGAAAUCAUUCACAAUGAUCAAGGAAACCGAACCACACCUUCUUGUGUUGCUUUCACUAAUUCUCAAAGAUUGAUCGGUGGUGCUGCCAAAGAUCAAGCUUCUUCCAACCCAACCAACACUGUCUUUGAUGCUAAGAGGUUGAUUGGAAGGAAAUAUAGCGAUUCUGUUGUUCAGAAUGAUAUUCUAUUGUGGCCAUUUAAGGUCGUUUCCGGUGAUAAUGACAAGCCUACGAUCCUCGUGAGUUACCAGGGUAAGGAAAAACACCUUGUUCCCGAGGAAAUAUCAGCCAUGAUUCUCACACAGAUGCGAGAGAUUGCAGGGGCUUUUUUGGAGUCACCUGUUAAGAAUGCGGUGAUCACUGUACCUGCUUAUUUUAACGACUCGCAGCGGAGAGCCACCAAAGACGCGGGUGAAAUUGCUGGUCUCAAUGUAAUGCAUAUAAUCAAUGAGCCAACUGCAGCGGCUCUUGCAUAUGGUCUUCAAAAAAGGGCUGAUUGUGUUGGGGAGUCAACUAUUUUCGUCUUUGAUCUUGGUGGUGGAACUUUUGAUGUGUCUCUCCUUACAAUUAAGAAUAAUGUCUUUGAAGUUAAGGCCACUGGUGGUGACACUCAUCUUGGAGGAGAGGACUUUGAUAAUCGAAUGCUGAAUCACUUUGUGAAGGAGUUUAAUAGGAAGAAUAAAGUUGACAUGCGUGGGGACUCUAAAGCUCUGAGGAGAUUGAGAACUGUCUGUGAGAGGGCAAAAAGGACUCUUUCAUACGAUACUGUGGCUACAAUUGAGAUAGAUGCUUUAUAUGACAGAAUUGACUUCCGUUCAUCAAUUACUCGCGCCAGGUUUGAGGAAUUGAAUUCGGAUCUGUUUAAAAAGUGUGAGCAGAUUGUUGAAAGCUGUCUUGUUGAUGCUAAGACAGACAAGAGUAGUGUUAAUGACAUUGUUCUGGUUGGUGGCUCUUCUAGGAUUCCCAAAGUGAAACAGUUGUUGCAGGACAUUUUCAAGGGAAAGGAAUUAUGCAAGAGCAUCAACCCUGAUGAGGCUGUUGCUUAUGGUGCAGCUGUCCAAGCUGCUUUGCUAUGUGAAGGUUUUAAGAAUGUUCCAAACUUGGUGCUUAGAGAUGUUACACCUUUGUCACUAGGUACGACAAUAAAAGGAGAUAUCAUGGAUGUUGUGAUUGGUAGGAACACUUCUAUUCCUGUCAAGAAUACCAAACCUUAUGUUACUACUGAAGAUAACCAACUCUCCCUCUUAAUUGAUGUUUAUGAGGGUGAGAGAAUCAAAGCCACUGAGAAUAAUUUGCUGGGUUUUUUUACACUCUCAGUUCCUCCUGCUCCUCGAGGCCAUAUUUCUAUCAAUGUAUGCUUUGCUAUAGAUGCUGAUGGUAUGUUAAACGUGUCGGCAGAGGAAGAAACAAGUGGCAAUAAGCAAGAUGUUACAAUAACCAAUGAAAAUGGAAGACUGUCAAGGGAAGAAAUUGAGAGAAUGAUUCAAGAGGCUGAGUUUUUUAAGGCUCAAGACAUGAAGUUCAAAAAGAAAGCUAAAGCCAUAAAUGCUUUGGACGAUUAUCUCUACUCCGUGGGGAAAGCAAUGAAGGAUGAUUGUGUAAGUUCCAAGCUCAACCCUGUUGACAAAGUGAAGAUCAAUUCUGCAAUGAUAAAGGGAAAGAGCAUGCUUGAAGACAGCAAGCAGGAAGAUACGUUUGUGUUUGUGGAUUGUUUGAAGGAGCUUGAGAGCGUCUUUGAAUCUGCUAUGAACAAGGUCAACAAAAGUUACUCUGAUGAGGAAAAUGAUUCAGAUUCCUAA